AUGAAUUAUAGUAGGAAUUUCGUUAAUAUUAUUGUGACGGACGAAGCAAGAGGCGAUUGGAGACUCACGUGUUAUUACGGUUAUCCAGAAAGGAGUAGAAGACGACAAGCCUGGGAGUUACUCAAGGAAAUCAGCAGAGUAUCUAAUAUCCCAUGGUGCAUCAUAGGGGAUUUUAAUGAUUUACUGACACAAAAUGCUAAAGCAGGAAUUCAUUCUCAUCCUAAUUGGUUAUGUGCCGGUUUUAGUGAAGCGGUGAGUGACUGUAACUUGGUAGACAUACCUUUAGAGGGUUACCAAUUCACGUGGGUGAAGAGUCAGGGGACGGAGCAUAUGAUAGAGGAAAGGUUGGACCGUUCGCUAGCAACACCAGAAUGGCUCAAUAUGUUUCCGAAAGUUAAGUUGCUGAAUCUUAUAGCGUCGCACUCAUCAUAA